UGGGAACAUCGAAAAUGUAAUCAGUGAGACUAGACCAUAGCCUGGCUAGGACAGCUCUAAAAUACAGCCAGGUCUAGAUGCUCACAUGUCUGUAAGGCACUGUUCAGGUGUGAAGUGAAAGCAGGGUGUCUCUCAAAUACUAGGGACUUGGGUCAAACAAGUUUGGAGAAACUGCAGAAAAUCCCUUUGGGAAAUCACAGUGCACAUUGACUUAUUAAAGGCUCCCAUGGGUCUUGCAUUAAAGAAACCAGUUGACUGCUUAACCAGCAUUUCUCUGAUUUAUCUGUUCAUAAAGCCCUUUUUUGGAGUCCCGUGUGCAUUUUGACAAAACCAAGGAGCACGCUUUUGGGAAUGCUGCAACAGAAUAGAAAGAGCAGGACAUGGUUGGGUGUCUUUUUUGCUGUCCAAGUAGGGAGGACAUUCUGAGCAUUCUCAUCUCUUUGCCAAGUAUGUUCAUUCCUGCCUUGGGGAGGAACACAGCGGGGCAGGGGAAUGUUUCAAGCAGAACUCCCGUUUCCUUGUUCCUUUCUUAGCUUAUUUUUAUUAUAAUUUGGCUUCACAUGGAAGUGUUCCCAGAGGAGGAAAAUGUCCUGGACCAUGCCAAAACAUUCUCUUCUACUUGUGAUUGUGUUUCUUGUUUUGAUCACAUUUGGGUUUACUGACCCAAUGAUGUUUCUGAGCCUCUGAAGCUGGAGCCAGCGGUAAAUUCUCCCUGGCGAGCCUGUUGCUGUUUGUCUGCUCACCUCUCACCUCUGCAGUUCUUGCAUCUCUCCACCCCUUUUUCUCUCACCAAGUCUGAUUCUUCUGUUCCUUGCCACGCCUGCUCUUAAGAUUUAAUCUUCUCUUCCCUCUCUGAGUCUUCUGCACAGUAUGUGCUUCAGACUGGUUUAUUAUCUGAUGUCCUUUUCCUCCAGCAUGUACAGUCUCUCCUUAUGACAUACCUGGAAGAGAUUGCUGGUCGACAAGUAAAAUGAAGUACAUUCUAGUUACUGGCGGUGUCAUAUCAGGAAUUGGAAAAGGAAUCAUCGCCAGCAGCGUGGGCACGAUACUUAAGUCAUGCGGUUUACAUGUGACCUCCAUUAAAAUUGACCCGUAUAUUAACAUUGAUGCAGGCACAUUCUCUCCUUAUGAGCAUGGUGAGGUUUUUGUGCUGGAUGAUGGUGGGGAGGUAGACCUUGACCUGGGUAACUAUGAACGUUUCCUUGAUAUCCGCCUCACCAAGGACAAUAAUCUGACCACUGGCAAGAUCUAUCAGUACGUCAUUAACAAGGAACGCAAAGGAGAUUAUUUGGGGAAAACCGUCCAAGUGGUCCCGCAUAUCACAGAUGCAAUCCAGGAGUGGGUAAUGAGACAGGCCUUAAUACCUGUGGACGAAGAUGGUCUGGAACCUCAAGUGUGUGUUAUCGAGCUCGGUGGGACAGUAGGAGAUAUAGAAAGCAUGCCCUUUAUUGAGGCCUUCCGUCAAUUCCAGUUUAAGGUCAAAAGAGAGAACUUCUGUAACAUUCACGUCAGCCUCGUGCCGCAGCCCAGUUCAACAGGGGAACAGAAGACUAAACCCACCCAGAACAGUGUUCGGGAACUCAGAGGGCUUGGGCUUUCCCCAGAUCUGGUUGUGUGCAGGUGCUCAAAUCCUCUUGACACGUCAGUGAAAGAGAAAAUAUCGAUGUUCUGCCAUGUGGAACCUGAACAAGUGAUCUGUGUCCAUGAUGUUUCGUCCAUCUACCGCGUCCCCUUAUUGUUAGAGGAGCAGGGGGUUGUAGAUUAUUUCCUCCGGAGACUUGACCUUCCCAUUGAGAGGCAGCCACGAAAAAUGCUGAUGAAAUGGAAAGAGAUGGCCGACAGAUAUGAUCGCUUGCUGGAGACCUGCUCUAUUGCCCUCGUGGGGAAAUACACCAAGUUCUCAGACUCAUACGCUUCUGUCAUUAAAGCUCUGGAGCAUUCUGCACUGGCCAUCAACCACAAACUGGAAAUCAAGUACGUAGAUUCCACGGACCUGGAGCACAGCACCUUGCAAGAGGAGCCGGUGCGCUACCACGAGGCCUGGCAGAAGCUCUGCAGCGCUCAUGGCGUGCUGGUUCCAGGAGGAUUUGGUGUCCGAGGGACUGAAGGAAAAAUCCAAGCCAUCUCCUGGGCUCGGAAACAGAAGAAGCCUUUUUUGGGUGUGUGCUUAGGAAUGCAGCUGGCAGUGGUUGAAUUUUCAAGAAAUGUGCUGGGAUGGCAAGAUGCCAAUUCUACAGAGUUUGACCCCAACACCAAUCAUCCCGUGGUCAUAGACAUGCCGGAACACAACCCUGGCCAGAUGGGUGGAACCAUGCGGCUGGGCAAGAGGAGAACUCUGUUCCAGACCAAGAACUCUGUCAUGAGGAAACUCUACGGAGAUCCAGAUUACCUGGAAGAGAGGCACCGCCACAGGUUUGAGGUGAAUCCAGUCUUGAAAAAGUGUUUGGAGGAGCAAGGCUUGAAGUUCGUUGGCCAAGAUGUUGAAGGAGAGAGAAUGGAAAUUGUGGAGUUGGAAGAUCAUCCCUUUUUCGUUGGAGUGCAGUAUCACCCUGAGUUUCUGUCCAGACCUAUCAAGCCUUCCCCACCGUACUUUGGUCUCCUCCUAGCCUCCGUGGGGAGGCUCCCGCAUUACCUCCAGAAAGGCUGCAGGCUCUCGCCCAGGGACACCUACAGUGACAGAAGUGGGAGCAGCUCCCCUGACUCUGAAAUCACUGAACUGAAGUUUCCGUCAAUAAAUCACGACUGAUGGCAACGGAUAAUUCUUGAAGAGAGCCUUUGGACUUCAGGAGUUUACAGCUUUGAUUUUACACUCAGCUUUUGACACUUCCUUUAAAUUAUGUUUUUAUUAAGAUUAUUUUAUUAUGGGGGAGGGAUCCAGGGAGACUGUGACUUGAUGUCCUACUGUGUGGACCAGCUCCCGCACGGGUGUCCGCGCUCUCCUCUGUGGUCCUCCAGCCUCGGACGAGGGGCAGGAUGUUGGGGCCGAUCGGGUGAGGGCCGGGCGCCGGGGCAGCCCUUGGCCACAGAGCUUCUGCGGCCACCCUGCAUCACUGUGGCUUCUCGUGUGCAGCUGUUCCUUCCCUGGGGGCCCUUAUAAGAGGUGUGCCAUGCGGUCUAGUAGGCGUGAGGGGUGAGUCCAGCUGUGGUCAUGACCUGGUGCCAGAACCCAAGGGCACCCCUUGCCACGAGGAAGAGGGAAACCAGAGACAGAGGGUCGGCUCCGUUCUGCGCCGGGGAUUCUCUGUGGCAACCACGGCUGGGAUUUGCUCAGGACAGUCAGUUUGGCAUCACACGAGACGGCAAGAACUCUGUCUCCCUGAAGUCUGAGGGUAUUGAAUCCCUGUCCUCUGGCCGCGAGUUCCCUCCAGAAUCACUCCUUGCAUCAAGGGGUCACUUAACAAAGAACAAAGGAUCUUUUCGGAACACUCCCUCUAAACCCCUCUCUUAUGUAGACAGCUUUGCUCAAGGGGACUGUCUCCUUCCAGAAUGGUGUUACUCCGGUUGGAAUGCAAUAUGAAAAGCUAUUUUCUUAAUGUGGUGUAACGACAGGCGGAGCUGCGUGCCUGUUAUAUAUCCUGGCUGGACUCGGUGUAUACUCUAACUUAAAUAAAUAAUGCAGAGCAAGAAACA